AUGUCCACCACUACCACUCUCCGCAGUCUGAACAUCAACAACAUCAACCCACACGUCAAAGAAGCCAAGUAUGCUGUACGUGGAGCCCUCGCUGUUAAAUCAGAAGAAUACAGAGCCAAGCUCGCAAAGGGCGAUAAGGAUCUCCCAUUCGAUACAGUCAUAAGUGCCAAUAUUGGAAAUCCGCAACAACUGGAUCAAAAACCUAUUACUUUCUUCAGACAAGUCUUGAGUUUACUUGAAUACCCACCGUUAUUGGAAAAGGAAGAUGUAUUGUUAAAUGAGUUGGGCUACAAGAAGGAUGUCAUAGAGAGAGCGAGGUGGUUAUUGAAGGAAGUUGGAAGCGUGGGUGCCUAUAGUGCCAGUGCGGGUGCGACGGGAAUCAAAGAUAGUGUGGCUAGAUUUAUUGAGAAUCGAGAUGGAUUCCCCGCAGAUCCAAAGGAUAUCUACCUCUCCGCCGGUGCCUCCGCUGGAGUGAAUACCCUCCUCCACAUAAUCUGUGCCGGUCCCAAUACAGGUGUUCUAGUACCCAUCCCACAAUAUCCUUUAUAUACCGCCUCCCUCUCCGUCCUCAAUGCAAAAUGCGUCCCCUACUACCUCGACGAAGCUCGCAACUGGGGUACAGACCUCCAGGCCAUAAAAGAUGCAUAUGCCGCCGCUGUCGAAGAAGGAACUGAUGUCCGCGCCAUCGUCAUCAUCAACCCCGGUAACCCAACUGGUGCAAGUCUUCCACUCCAAGAUAUCGAAGCAGUCAUCAAAUUCGCCGCCGAGAAAAAAUUGGUUGUGAUGGCAGAUGAAGUAUACCAAACCAAUGUUUUCAAAGGAAAGUUCCACUCUUUCAAACAAGUUCUCCGCGAUCUCCAAUCCAAAACUCCAGAGAAAUACGACAAUGUUGAACUCGCUUCUCUGCAUAGUAUUUCGAAAGGCAUGGUUGGCGAAUGCGGACAUCGAGGUGGAUAUUUUGAACUGUGUGGAUUUGAUCCAGAAGUCGUAGAACAGAUAUACAAAUUCGUCAGUAUAAGUUUAUGCGCACCAGUUAUUGGACAGUGUCUUGUCGAACUCAUGGUAAACCCUCCAAAACAAGGCGAACCAUCCUACGAACUCUACAAACAAGAAUACGAUGGCAUCUUUUCCGGACUUCAAAAACGCGCAACGGCUCUUUACGAAGCAUUCAAGCAAAUGGAAGGCGUAGAGUGCCAAGAACCUCAAGGAAGUAUGUAUUUGUUCCCAACAAUCCAUGUUCCAGAAAAGGCGGUGGAGGCUGCGAAGAAAGAGGGCAUGGGCCCGGAUGAAUAUUACUGUCAUAAAUUACUUGAGGCCACGGGUGUUUGCGUAGUACCUGGAAGUGGUUUCGGUCAAAGAGAAAACACACUUCACUUCAGGACGACAUUUUUGGCGCCGGGUACAGAAUGGGUGGGCAGAAUCACAAAGUUCCACGAGGGAUUUAUGAGAGAGUUCAGAUAG